AUGCAUGAUAAGGUAUGGCUCGUUAAUGUGUGAUUGGUAUUGGCUUUGAGCAAGAGAGAAUGUUCUUUCAGAUGGGACAGUCGGGGGCGUGGUUAAACCCUGGUCCUCUUUUGGGAAAAUAAAGAUUGAAAUUUUUAAAGAGGAAAAUACGCGUGUUAUGUUAUUAUAUCGUCCUCUUUCAACUUAGAAACAUCUAGCAUAAUGUGAUAAGGCACAAAACUGACUCGCUGCGGAACUGUUGGCACAGAGGAAGACACACAGAGUUAGGUCUCCAGUUGCAAGCACAUAAAGGGAGAGGAAAGGCAGCAAAGUGAGAGGGAAAAGGAAAGAAGCCUGGAAUUCAGGCCUUUUUUUUAAACGAAAGUUCAUUACAUUGCUCGUGGCCACGAGGCCACCACCUUCAAAGCAACCCGUGUACUCUCCCUUGGAAUCAAUUUUUGACUCGCCCCAACUCUCGAUCACUGUUCAACGUUCAAGAAGGCGGGAGAGCCGAACAGUAUCAUCACUAACACUGCAAAAUACGUCUGCUUUGCAGGCUAUUUCUCGCUCAAAAUCCUUUCUCUUUUUUCCCUUGGGUUUUGGCCGCCCGUGCGCGACGCUGGCUAGGCAGAGCAAGUAUAGUGUCACGUGACGUCAUGUUUUGUUAAAUCUCUGUAAUUGAAAAUGCAUUAAUACAUUAGUUGCUUUUCCUUGCAGAAACUUUCCUUUCCUCAAGUCACUAUUUGUAACAUUAACAUGAUUCGCAAGUCAAAAUUUCCAAAUGAAAUACUGCAAGAAUAUCCUGAAUUACUGGACGAGUGUAAGUUAUCUCGUUCUAUAAUUGAAAAUUAGUCGCAGAUAUUGUGCUUUGUUUAUAAAUUUUUACAGCCAAUUUACAGCUUAUUUCUCCACCGGUUCUGGGCCCGGUUGCAUAAAACCCUCUUAAGAUAAGAGGGCUCUUAACUUUUGUUCUGGAACAAUAACCUAUCGUUUUGAAAUAAUAGUUACGAGUUCCCUUAAUCUUAAGAUGUUUUUUGCAACCCGACCCUGGCCGUUACACCUUAUUUCUAGCUAACGUCAAAAUUGCUGAGUUUAGUUAUAGAAAAUAAAAAUCCUUUUUGGUCACUCAGGUGGAUGCAUUUAGGUCAUUUAGGGGCUCCAAAUCCUCCGAACUCUCUUUCCUAGAUCCACUGUUUGUUCUCUCUUAGAGACAACAAUGACUGAUUGUAAUGGCGCCCACAACAGGCAUGGAAUCGAAAUACUUAAGAAACCAGAAUGAAAAUGGUAUCAUGGUAAUAAUAUAUGAAAGUGCUAGCUGCCUUGCGGACAUUCUGAAUUCCGGUAGUGUAAAUAAGACUUCAGGCAAUAAGUUUCUUUUAAUGCAUAAAAUAGUAAAUUUUAUUAAGGAGAACUGGCUAUAGCCUUCAUUUUUUUAAAGAAAUUAAGAGGUUAGCAUUAAAAGAGUGGAAACUAGAGGAAAGGUUGCUAUGUACAGAACGCUAGCCAUGCACCUACACAGUAACUGGGAGUGUCUUUAACAUAAUGGAAUUAUUUUCUUUAGACCCAGCAAAACGAACAUGCAUAUUAUCCACUCUGCCUCAGGCUUUUCCUUUUCAGUUUUCUGGACAAUUGAUAAGUUUUCCUUAUCUUAUGUUUUAAUAGCAUUACUUAAACGGUUGAACAAAACUACGUCAAGGAGUUCAAGGGCCAAUAGCAACGCAAAGGGCCUCCCAAACGUUAACGAUCUUCCAGAAAAAGACGGUCUUAUUGAAAGAGUUUUAACAAGUCUUGCCAAAAUUCCUGAAGAGAAACUUAUCAACUAUGGGCAUCAACUGGACGACAUGAUUAUAGGCUGCGUCUUCAACUACAUAGACUGCUUGUGAGUAUAAUGGAGUGACACUCAAACCUUCUAGGGUGGAAAAAGGACUGAUUCGAAUUGUUGGGUUGAUUGAAGACUGACAGUACAGAUAGAGCGAUAAACUAUGAAAAUGUGUUUGCACUAGAAUGAAUUAUUCCAAAUUUGGAAUUCAGGCUUUAACGUGUUACUUUCAUUGAACAAAGUCUUAUAAAUCUUAGUCAAUUUCGACCCCGUUUGGCAUUUUAAGAGAAUUAAGAUAUUCUAAAAGACCCAUGAUGACGGAUCCAAAAUAGCAAAAGUUUUGAAAUCACGACAUCAUGUCUACGUACAUUGAAGUUGCAAGUCACCCAUUAAAACCAAUCUUCAGACAUAAUAGGCCACUUCCGUCACUUUCAAAAGGAGGCUAGGUGCACAACCUUUCUUUUGAAAAUGAGUUUUAUUUGCAUGAGAAUGAAAAAUGAUCACCGUAUCAAAGGCUGAGGACCUACCCUCGUUUUGAAACAGAGGCCCGGGGAAACUCGGAAAUGGCCUAUUGGACGUGCUUUAAGCCUCUAAUUAGGGAUUGUCACAGUUGAAGGGUUUUUCCAAAUAAAAAGACAAUGUGAGGGUUCUGACUCUUUUAUACUACUAUUCACCAUUAUUUUCAGGGAAGAAGACAUGCGCAACUCAUGGACACAUUUCUGGCAUAAGCUAUAUGGCAACUGUUAUACGUUCAACAAAGGAAUAAAUGAUGUGGGUGAAACCAUAGAAGUGAUGAAUUCGUCACAGGCUGGCCUUGGUAACUGACUAAAAUUCUUACAACAGACUUUUAUUUUAGAUUUUGAAGUUAGAUAUUGCAUAUCGGUGCUGAAUUCAAGCGAAGGUCGAGAUCGAUGUAAAUUUUGAUCACUUCCUAAUUGAAUAUCCUUCAUUUUCCUUCUUAACCUCAGCCAUGGCACUAGGAGCUACUGAGGUGGAGCUACAUAUAAUUUCGUAUUUUUGCAAUAUUUAAUAAUUAUUCCAAGAGUGUGCUUUGGAUAUGAGAUGGUGGAUGGUUAUAAUCAUCUCAUAUCCAACAAGUGCGAGUGGAAUAAUUGUUUUAUUAAAAACGCCCAAAAAAUAGCGAGUUCUUCCCGACUUUAUUUAUAAAAGCAACGGAUUUUCAGCUUGUUUUUAAUUUUGAGCAGACGCGUAUAGUUACCAUAUUUGGAGAGCAUGGUAUAAUGGCUCAUAUACCAUAAUGGCUAAACUAAUCAGAGCUAUAGAAUUGCAUUAACCAAUGAUUCAGUUUUUAAUAAAGUUGGUUACCUCAAGAACAUCUCACAACUUGACAGGCUACAUGGCAAGUUUAUUUAUUUAUUUUUCUGCAGGGCUAACCUUAGAAAUAAACAUCGAACAGUUGGAUUAUGUGAGUGUGCUUUCACAAGAGGCCGGCAUAAGAGUUUUUAUCGGAGGACAGAGAGAAAUGCCCUUCCCUUAUGAACAAGGAAUAAGUGUUUCUCCCGGUUUUUCUACGGCAAUUGAGCUUCGAAAGGUAAACGCAAAACAAUAAGACCCUCACCAGCCAUAAGAGAGCACAGUAGAGCUUGGAGGGACGAAAAACCUUUGGUCCCUUCUCGCAGCACUAGUUUUCACAUCUUCACAUCUAUUUUUUGUGGGAAGUGAAAGAACCCAAACCACUAUUCCAAAAGAUUAGGGGACGUAGACCGGUCAGAUGGCGUGGCCAACCUUUCCUGGGCUUGGUGGUUUAUCUGUAAGGAGAGAUCUUUAACUCAUGAUCCUCCUUCCUCCUUCAGGUGUCGUAAUGACUACCUGUAAACAGUGUAUGUAUGUAUCCGUGUAGCUUGUUUCACUUUUGCCAUCAUAGACUGAUUUACUACCUUAUUUCGAUACUCGAUCAAAGAAUCAAUAAAACAGAAAAUAUCGGGAAAAUGCUAUUUCAGUGUGUCCGUAAAAUAUAUGGUGCCUACUUAUAAGAGGUCUGUUUAAGGCAAACCAUCUCGCUGUAGCUAGAGAUAAAUGACCACUGACUUAACUCUUACCCAGAAAUUUUUUAAACUGACUUAUUAAUAUUUUUAUGUUUUGUCUUCGACAACAGCUAUAUAAAAUUAUCAUUCCAAGCAGAUUUUUCUUCCUUUUCAAGGCCGAGGCCCCACCACGUCCAACUGUGUUUGGCUGCAAAUAAUAUUCUGCUUAUGCGUGAAUAAAAACUAUGCUUUUCUCCUUCUUGCAAUCGCUCUCGAGAGAAAAUGGAAAAUCGCUUUGCUUCCCAAAGAUAUUCAUUAAAAACAAACUCGGUGAUCGAAUGAUAAAACAAUUAUUAAACUCAGUUAUCGAUCGCAAUAUGUAUCGUGAUUUGCUUCGGUAAAUAAUUGAUCUCCUCACCACUGACAAAUCACGAUAUUUUGCGCAACCUCUUCCAAUAAUUGUUAAAUAUUUUAUUCCACUGAAUUUUAUUCCACGUCCCGAAACAAAGUCGUGUUAAAAUAAAGCCAGCUUGGCAUCUAGGUAGUAGCGCAACGUUUGAAUCGGUCCUAACCAUUUUUUCCUUGAACUGAUGGGAAACGUUUUUUCCUUUGCGCAAACAGACGUUUCGUCUCAUUUAAGGCAAUCCAAGACAGUCUUGGAUUCUGGAUUCAAUGCCGUGGAUUCCGGAUUCUGGGUACUGGAUUCUAUUGUAGUCUUUAUCAGUGGAUUCCGGAUUAACCUGUAAAAAUUUCAAGGAAUCCGGAAUCCGGAUUCCGGAUUCUCUUACAUGGGGCGGGCCGUUUCAUGCAGGUCUGAGAACAUGCGUUAAUGAUUAUAAUGGCACGGGUUCACCUUCAGAACUCAUUGGACAGUGAGAUCAUUUUUGUCUCAUCUUUUCAUAUUCUUGCUGUCUUGGAUGCAUAGGUUGCAAUUGGAAGGCUCGAUCCAUUUGAAAAUAGAAGCUGCAUAAAAACUGGUGAUGAACUGAUAGAAGGGCAUAACAUUUUUAGACGGUACAAUGUGACCUACACCUCCAUGGUAAGUCAGCCUUGGAGAUAUCUCUAGGAUUAAUUACAGAGUUCCACCUUGAGUUCGAUUGUGUCAUUGUCAUUUUAAAAAAGUACGUAAAAACGUAAUGGACGAAUUAAUCAAUUAAGCUAGUAGUGUCAACAUUUUUCUCAGCUAGAGUUUUUAAGUGUUUUCAAUAUAUUUUAAAUAUUUCAGUGUCAUCCAAGAAGGUUUUUUCUGUAAGAAGUUAUUAUCUUUUAUAGGUGUAUGUACUUAAAUUUAAUUUAUAAUUCGUUAAACAUUGCUAAACAAAACAAAACAAAAAUUAACGCAACAUUUGAUAUCGGUAAAGGGAAGUUUCACUGGACAAAAAUUGUUACUUUAUCUAAUCAGCUUUGCAAGAUGUCGUGCUUUGCUGAGUUGAUGAAUGAGAGGUGUGGCUGCGUUUGGUACUCGAUAAGCUAUGACCUGGGCAUUCCUGUAUGUGACAUUGAAAAUAUGACAGUUGGUAAGCCCCUUUGCACAUAUAUAGACUGAUUUAACUAUGCGUGUAUACUUAAUUUUUUAUGUUCUAAUGUUUGUGGUUUGCGGUGUAUUCCACGAUUUGGGGCGUUAGCUUUGUGCAAAAAGAGAGGUCAUGUAAGAAUAAGAAAGUGAUUACCCCAAGUUUGGCCCUCUUUUUAUGAAAAUUAUUUGAAAUCUAUUCUUGUUUCUCUCAUGCGGCAUGGUAUGAGCAAUUUACUUUAUGCUCUAGGGUCUGUUUGUUGACCUUAACACUGUUGAAACAGGUUCAGAAUGGGAAUUCUCAAAUCUUAUUUGACACGCACAAAUAAUUUUAAUCCCAUGUCUCAACUAUCGGUUAUUUUACAACAUCCAAAUCUUCUGGGCACUCAAGUAGUAAUCAUGUGACUUGAACAGGGUUAAUUUUAGAGCCCAACAGCUAUUCCGCAACAAAAACAUUCCUCGCCUUGUGCGUUCCGCCCGUUAAUAAUCUGCUAACAACUGUUUUAGGUCAUUCAGAUAUUUGCUUUAAGCGAGUGUUUUAAGAAAGAAAAAAUUCACUUAAAAAAGAAAAAAACCUAAAUUAGUGUAACAGGAAUUUUUCUUCUUUUUGCAGUGGUUUGCGUCAAUGAAGUGGUCGACAAAUUUCAUGACGGUGCUUGCAACAACCAGUGCAAAGAACAAUGCAGGUAAAACUCUGUCCAUUGAGAGAAGGUUGGUUUCCAUCGCCACAAUCGUUAGGCUCAGUGAAACAAAUAUUGUAUUGUAUUGUAUUGAGCGUUGCGUCUUUGCAACCGCAACGAUCGCUGCGGUUCACUCUCGUGUCUAGAGUCCUCUGGCUCUUUGGCCAGCGGGAUGGUCCCCAGGGAAAAUUACUGCCGCACCUAUGAGUUUGACAAGUAAAUGAUCGUACAAGUGGUCGUAUCGAUUCUAUGGAAACCAGGCUUUAUUUGAACGUUAAACUUUAACUCUUUCCUUUUUAUAGCAAGUUUCUCUUACUAAUCCACCUCAAUUUUUCUUUUAAAUUUUAAGCUUUUUUUUGCUAUUAUUGUGCAUUAAGAAUUGCUCCAUGUAAGGUAAAACAGGAAAGUCUUGGAUUCUGGAUUCCGGACUCCAAUCGUUACAGAGGGAUUCCGGACUCCUUGAGCCGAAUUCCGAAUUCCAAAGCCCAGGAAUCUGGAUUCCACACGCAAAAUUUUCUUGGAUUCCGGAAUCCUGUUAUAAUUAUUGUUGCUUUUCAUGAUGUUCUCCAUUUCUCCUCAAUGAAGGGAAGACGAGUUCAAGUCAUCAGUUUCGAUGGCAAGGUGGCCUUCAAGACAAUACCUGGUAUAGAUUAAAUCUCUUUCCUUGACUAAUUAACUCUAAAGUGUCAUUGUAAAUACGUCCUCUGUAGUCAGAAAGUUAAUAUAGAAACAUACCACUAACCUACAAUCCUCGUCAAUCAAUAAUCAGUCAAUCAAUUUUGAAACACUUCUGUGCGUUUCCUCUUUCCCAAUGUUGAUUUGAGUAUUACAGUGGUCUCAGUGCUGCAUAAUACACGUGGCUCAACAUUGGGGAGGGAGAGGGCACAUUACAGUGAGUACAAAAGUGUGAGGAGUAAAUCUCAAGAAUUUUCUGAAAAAUUCAAGAGAAGCGGUGUCUGUUUCUACUGACGUCAUCACUACCAAGAUCUUAUCAACACUGAUAUUGACCACUGCAGAAAAUACCAUAACAUACCAUAAUGCUCUUUGUCACCCCGAAUUUUGCAUAAGCAUUGUCUUCAGUUUCUCUUGGGAGUUAAAAUGGCCCCAAGAGAAACUGAAAACAAUACUUAUGCAAAAUUUUGGAGUGACAAAGAAAGAGCAUUAUGAUAUGUUAUGGUGUUUUCUGAAGUGGUCAAUUGCAAUGGGACCAGGAGAUUCACAAAAAAAGAGGGAAUCAGGUCUAAAUUGAUAUAAUGCCAUGUUAAUUUUUUCCAGUGUGACUCUUGUUAUUCCGAAUGUUCCUGCGAUAAUCUUAAAAUGGAUUCAAUAACCCUGAAGUCUUUCUUUUUUUUUUACUUUAAUUUUCAGACUUCUCUCCUUGGUGAAUUAGAACGGCACGUUCCUAAUAUAACUGAGAACAGGGGAGACGUUGGGUAAGAUAGUACUAGUUAAUAUUCAUUCAAAAGUUUUCUCCGUUUCUGGUUGGCUGAAUCACCUUGCUAAUUCUUCAAAGCCAACUAGCGAUGACAAAAUUUGGAAGAUUUUGGAGAUAUCCGAUAAAAGACAGAAAUAGUACAGGGAGGCUGAUCUUGGAGGCUGUAUCCUCUGAUCUACAUAAUUCUUUGCAUCAUACUCAGCCUUAUUCAAUAAUUAUUAAAUAAUCAUCAUCAUCACCAGCAGUCAUAAUCAGAAUCAUUAUUAUCAUCACGUAACAACAACAACAACAAUUAUUAUUAUUAUCAUUAUUAUUUUAUGGUUAAGUAUGUAACUUGCUAUACGGACCAAAUCUCAUAAGCAAAUGCUUAUCGCUGCUCUAUCUCGAAAAAAGGUUUAAAGAAAUUUGUAAGACGUCUGUCAACCAUGAGAACUUCAACAUUUUAACCUGUGUUUAUAUGUGAGCGAGGGCGAUGAAGAAACUGAAUUGUAAUCUUAUCGAAGAAGAGCACUCUAGUCAGUGUUUGAAAAUUUCAUCGCAGUACACAGUUAAGAAGAUGUAAAUCGACGGGCAGAGAUGCGAGAUGUUUUGCCCAAGAGCAAACGAGCGACAAAUAAGAUAACAAACAUAAGCUUACCGAGCGCAUCUGGGGCCCUUCCAUCUAAUAUACACCAACCCCUACCAUGGAUGAUGUUCCUUUUUUGUAGUCUUUCAGAAGUAAGGUUAAUCCUAGCCCCCUUAGAAAUACCGACGGAUGAGUUAAAAAAAAUUGAAGCCCCAUGAGAAAUACCUGUGGAUGAGAUCAUGAUUUCCUCUGAAACCCUUAAGAAAAUCACUAUGGAUGAGUUCGCCCUUAGUCCAUAAAUCGAUGGAAAAAACUCGGUCGGUAAUUUACAGUAUGGACCGAAAACUCGGGUAAUAAGAGGUAUUAAGCAUAAUGAUAUUAUGUAUUAAUAUUAUAUAUUAAUAUUGAUAUUGAUAAUUGAUAGUGAUGAUAAUGAAGAUAAUGAUGAUGAUAAUGAUACUGAUGAUGAUGAUGACAGCUGUUUUCAUAGCAAUUAAACUAAAUUUCAAUGGUUAUUCAGCGAUGAAAAGUUACAAAACAAACAAAAGCUUUUCACAUAAAUGUACAAACGUCAAUUCUUUAAUACUCCGCCAUGUUUACAACACCAGUGUCCUACCAAAGUGCGCUCUGUGUGUAAGUGUGAAACUCGGUAAUUGAUUUAUUUGUUCUUUGUCCCAUAGAGAUUAUUUUCUCAAGUUGAAGAUUUACUAUGGAGAAUUAAACUAUGAACUAAUCGAGGAAGAGGCAGCUUACUCGGUAAGGCGUGUCGGCGGCUCAAAUCUUAAUGGCUCUUUCCAUACGAUAAUAAUGAUUAUACCAAAACAUAAUGUUAAAAGUCUAGAAAUAGUUAGAUAAUUUAUGAAGUAUCUUGGUAGGCUCGGUACAAUUGUAACAAUGUAAAUACUGCCUCUCGUUCCAAACCGCCUGAGCAGAGGGCAGCUAUUAUCAGUAUCAAAAAAAAAGGAACCAGGUAGGGCUCAGUUGUUCGAAGGUCGAUUAGGGAAAAUCCAGGAUAAAUUGAGUUUUAAGCUGGUUUUUUUUUUUUUUUUUUACCUGUUGUUAAAAUUGUUCAAAAGCAUUUUCCUCUAUUCUUUGUUUAGAGCAUCUUCUCAUGAAUUGUAGGCAAAAAUAAUUGAACUGAAUUUACUUUUAAGCUCACAUUUUCGAAUUCUAAUUUCGCACUAACCCUGGGUUAUCUUAACCCAGCUUUGAAGAACCUUGCCCUCACCAAUAACAUUGGGCUUAGUAAAGCGAAUAAAGGGUCUGUUUACACAUAGGAAGGGCCGGGUAAAAUGUUUACUAGGCUACCGGCGGCUAUCGGAGCAGUUAAAACAUUCAAACUCCGCCUCGCGCCAAAAUCGUUCUAAAAAUUAACUUUUCCUUGAAAACACCGUGACACAACUACAUAGAAGUUACUCGCCCACUUUAUGGGCUCCAGGUUGAUCGAGUCUAUAUUAGUUAUUAGUAACGACAAAGUUAUCCGUCCGCGAUGUGUGGAUAGCGCUAUCCAACGUUUGAGCAACUGGCCUGGGGUUUGAGAAAAAUAAUCUUGCACUAAAUCGUCCGCUAGGCGGAAAAGCUAAGGGCAAAAUCGAACCAUCGUAAUUCUCCCAGAAGAGUACCAGCCAGAAAACACCACGGCAGAAUGUCUGGGGUAAGCAAGUAGGCCUUGCAUGCAAGACACUUCAAUGCCUUUUCGAAAAAUAGGCAUAAAUGUCGACGGCCCCUUUAGCCACUGGGCACCCAACAUCCAUUUAUUCAAUGCCCUCCAAUACCAUAAUACUUUUCUUUUUUAACAGGUGAAUAGCUUUUGGUCUGACAUCGGUGGUUUAAUGGGAAUGUGGAUCGGCAUCUCUGUGUUAACGGUGGUGGAGGUAUUGGAGCUCACUGCAACCAUUACUGCUACAAUCGUGAAGACGCUUAAGAAGAAGAAAUCUCACAUUAGGGAGGUGAAGCCACAGAAAGAAGACAAUUUACAACGAUUUUAA